AUGGGGAUCAUAUCCAGAAUUCUCCGUAGAAGACGCAAGACAUGGUCUACAGCGGAAUCAUCAACAACGUCAGAACCAGACACUGCAACCACAAGAACUGAAACCACAGCUCCGACGACACCAACGACACCAGCGACAUCGACGACAACUACAACAGCCACAAGAGAGAGCCGCGACGGCACAGCCACCCCGGACACUGCUGCAUCGGUUUGCGGGCAGUCUGCUGACCUUGUCACGCUCCCGGGCCAGUACCAGCGCAAGUGGACGAAGCGCGGUUGUGUCUACUACGUCAACCAUGUCGACAAAACGACUUCGUGGCUGCACCCAGUCAAGCUCGGCGAGCUGCGCGAGGCUGGGGUCGUGGCCCCUGACGCGGCCAGCGGGCCCGAGCGGGAAGUCUUUGAGCUCAUGACCAGCGGCGGAAUAGAAGCCGGGGGUCCGCUUCUGUCGAGGGAUCAGGACGACUGGUACGCGCACGGCACGCUGCCGCCAUGGAUCUUGAGGGAGCCCCGGGGAGGAGUAGGAGGAGGAGGAGGAGGAGGAGCCCCUAGCGGCGGCGUGGACGGUUCGUUUUACUGGGUCGACUACCGCGCCAACAAGGUGCUGAACCGCGAUCCGAUCGAGGUUUACCGGGAUGAGCGGAAGCUGGAGCAGGACAGGCGGCAGGAGCUCGAGGCGGAUAUUCGCCGGCUGGGGAUGGGGAAUCCAAAGCUAGCGGCGGGUUUGAGGAAGCAGGGCUGGACCGGGCACACCCAGGUCGCUAGCGAUCGAGAGAUUGCACACUGGCUGUGA